AUUGUAUGCAAAAACAACUUAAUUAAACUAGAUUUACUUAUGUUUAUGCCGUAUUUUAAGUUAUAAAUACAGUUUAAUGCCUAAAAUAAUGUACCAAAAUCUCAACGAUGAGAAAGAAAAGAAAUACUUCGCUAACAAUACGGACAAAGAUUUUGCCUCAAAAUACGGCCACAAAUGCGGAAAAUUAUUCAAAAUAAUUAUCCCUUUAUUUAUCAUAAUUAUUGCAGUGAUAGCCGUAUUGAUAUACAUCACCUCUUAUGACAGCUUCAACACAAAUGGCGAUGAUUUCGAUGAAAUACGGAUCAAAAACGGCACAAAUCCGGAGAUAAUGGCCAGAAAAUCAUAUAAAGUGAAACAACGCGUCAUUUUGAAUGAGAAAUACUUUCGUGUUAAGGAUUGCGGUCACGCGUCGGACACAAUGUACCCGCAGUUCAUGUCCUUCGAGCCGACGCCUAUCAAUGUGUACCGAAAUAUGACAAUGAAUUGGCGAAUACUAUUGAAGUCUCCGUUGCAGUGGACGACACAAAUGGACGUACAGAUGGAGAAAGUGCUGUUCGGACUCGAUUGGCUCAAAAUUAAAAUACCAUGUUUUAUGGACUACUUUGGAUCAUGCAACUUCAAUUUCUGCAAAAUGAUGCAGCUCCAUUGGGACGAACAGAUGUGCGAUUACGUACAUACAAACUAUAAUAUCAGUUGCCAGUGUCCGGACACUUUCGCGCUCAACGUGUUUGAGUUGAAUGACUUUAAUUACUCGGUUAUUGUCGACCGCGUCAUGAAAUACUUUUCAUGGUUUGCUAAUGGCUGGUAUAAUCUAAACGUACGGAUUUACGACAAGGUAUCCAGACAGCAAGGAAUGUGCAUCAAGUUGCAUUUUAAUAUUGAUAACUCGGAUGACGAAUAGAAUUUAUUUUUUAAAAUUUAUUAAACUUACUUUACUUUCUUUAUUUCCAAAAUAUUUUAUUAAAUCUAAAAUACAC